UCAACAGAUGACCCUGACGUUCACGAGAAGUUGUCACAUUUUGUACUAAUGGUAAAGUUCGUUAAACUUCAAACGACUUCUCAUGUCGUGGCCGCCGCUAUUAUUUCCCUGGGACACGCAGCUCUCUGAUUGGCUGUUUGACGCACGCGUUCAGAAUGAGCUCCGAGGUGUGUCCGUCCUGUGGGAAAACCUUCAAAAGGUUGAAGAGUCACCUCCCACAUUGUAAAGCAGCGAACUCCCAAACCAACCCGACAGGAAGUCACGUCGGAGCGAGUCAGACGCCAUCGUCUCCUCCGCUGGGCGCAGGCGACAGUGAACCGCCGGCAAAGGGGAAGAAGUCCAGAGAGUCACUGUCAGUGGCAGCAAGUCCACGGGCGAAGAAAAGCACAACAUCCGCAGCAGCACAGACGCCUGACAGCACAGACUCGAGCUCCUCCUCACCUCCUCCAUCAAUGAAGAAGAAGAGGGAGAAGCUAUCAGAACAGAUCAAGUUGGCCAGCACGCCGUCCUCCACCACGACCUCCCUCAUCUCCUCUCCGCCGCUGCCUCCACCUUCCACCGCCUCCAAGCCCAGAAAGAAGAGUCUCCGUGCUCUGAUAGAAGCUGCAAACACGGACCGAGCCACUAGAGGAUCCCUGGAAGGAACCGGAUCUGCCUCGGAAGAAUUGCUCUCAGGUUCCACUCCUGUUUUACCAGAUCCUCUAAGCUCCAGAACCUUUAACCCUCCAGAACCCAACAAUAAGACAGACAGCAUCACUGUGUCCGCUCUGUCCACAGACACCAAACCCAAAGAAGCCUCUAAAAAGAAGACGUCAAAGACGAAGAGGGCUGGACAGUCCCCUCCCACAACCAAAGAUCCAGACUCUGACUCUUUAGAUUCUGGAUUCAAUAACAGACCUCACGUGAGAGAAGACCUCUGGGUGGAUAACAUUUUGACAUCGGGAAGUGGGGACCAGGCCAGGAUCACCAUCCAGGAUGCUAAAGCCCUUUUAGGCCGAACUAAAACUAGCACAACCAGUAAGAAGAGAAUCCUGAGCGAGACUGAAACUACUGACCACCUGAGCAGCAACAACAGACUUGACACUGGUCUCAAUGCAGUGAUGGUUCCAGCAGAGACUGGAAAAGACGUUGUUCGCUGCUUGGUUACAAAUCAAACUGUGUCGGAGCAGCUGCUCGGUGCCAGCUCACAACAAACUGAAUUAUUACCAGUGACGGAGAGAAGGUCAAAGUCUAAAGAAGCCUUUUUAAUCCCUCUGGAACACGAUGGUUCCUCUCAACCCAAACUCUUCUUCCCAGAAUCUCCCCUGAGCCAAGCCUCCCCUCCUCCAGGUUCAUUCGGUGGGCUCCAGGGUCAGAAGGUCGGCCGGGACAAACUCCUCUCGCCGCCACUUUCCACCAUCCAGUUCUCCAGUCCUCGUCUUUUACCGGCGAGGCUGGAGACGGUGAGAGCUGCUGAUUGGCGGAUCCUGGAGGACAGGAAACUAAACGCUGCUCACACUGGAAAGGAAGAGGCUGGGACACGGCCGAGUCUCGGACAGGUGAAGCUGAGGGACUUCCCUCAGUGGCUCGGCUGCAGAGUCCCCAGUCGUCCAAGAGACACAGUGGAAAUAGUGCAGAGAGGCUGGCAGUGGUAUUACAGGAGAUACAUCGACGUGAAGAAAGGUGGUGUGGGUGGAGUGGCCAUGCUGCUAGCAGGAUACUGUGUACUAAGCUACAUCUGGAGCUACCCUCAUAUAAAGCACGAUCGCUGGAGGAAGUACCACUGAGGUCGAGAUGUUUGGACAUGUGAGCGUGGACACGGAAACAACAUCUGUAGCAGGAGGAGGCUUCAAUUUUUGGUUAAAGGAGGCAAAUCAACAUAUGUCAUGCCUAGCGUCUAGUCUGACAAGCCCCCUAACAAAGUCAGGUAAAGCUAGAGCGGAGGCUGAUGUUUCCUUCAAGCACUGGAGUCGGUUGAUCAACCAGAACAGAGAGAACCAGCUGGCCAAUCAGCUUUAAGAGACAGGCGCUAGAACCAAAUGUUUCAGACAGUGGCUGAAAAGAGGAGCUGCAGCAAUGGACUUCUUGAAUAGGCUUGUAAGCUCUUUCAUGUGAGAGCUCAGAUUGAAGUCAUCCCCCUGAAUAUGAUUAUAGUGAGUCUCCUUUAAACUAAAAAAGACAAAACCUUUAGAAUCAGGGACGUUUGAAGACGUUGGAAGACAAAUUGUGUCUUGUUUACCUUCUGGCUUUUAUUCAACUGACCAAUAUGAAGGAAGAAUCAAUCCUCGUAUGAAAUUCUACGCAUCACAGAUGUCUUCUAAAAAGUUAAAAACCAGUUCUUUACCAACUGGUCGAGUUGUAAUUCAGAGAUUGGUAGUUUAAUGCUCACUUGACCACUCACCCCACUGCAGUUUAAUCUAUUCUAUUUAUUUUUAUUUUCUAUUUAUGUUAUGUCAGAUUAAGAGAAAUAUUUAGAAGAAAUAUUAUUGGGAUAAAUAAUUGUUUUUGAGCUUAACAAAUGUUUUCAUUUGACAAUCCAAAAUAGUUUCAGCUCUGUUAUUAGUUAGAGUCCCGCUGUGUCCCCGGGACUCCACUAGGGGUCGUUGUUGAGUUGUGUUAAUAAGAUUGUAUGGGUUGGGCGGUCCAAUGAUUUCUUUGCUCCUGCAGAGAAUUGGCCUGAAGGUCCACGAGAGGAUUUAAGGGAACAAACAGUUUUUAACUUGAUCAAAAUCUUCGGGAGUAAGCUCAGAUGUGGAGAAACAUGAACCGUGACACGCCCUCAUAUCAGCGUCUAUCAGGAGACUCUAUCUGUGAAGCAGAGGGUCACAAUUCUGUGUUUUCUUUGGAAACGCUUCCCCUGUCACAUGAUGCUCCUCUGCAUGAGGAGUCUGUGAGUGGCUGUGUGAACACUCGCUGCAUAGUAAUGGAGGGACACUGAAGGAGGCUCUCAGCCGGACUGGACCAGUUUCUCAUUGUAUUCAAAAUGAAUUUAUUGUUGACUCCCCUUCGCUGCUGUAGUGAACACACACAAGCUACAAAUGAAGAAAUUACAGUGUUUUUGUAGUUUUCUUCCUUUUUCUUCUGAAGCUGCUUCUUGGCAAACACAAUAAAAAUAAUUUCCAUUUU